CAACACGAAACACAUGAACAUUUGUGUGGGCGAUGACAGCGCCACGGAAGCGCUGACCUUUAUUCCGGAAGUUCACGUGUACCGACUACCGAGGUUUGCGAUGUAAAUAAAACUUUAAAAGAUAUAGUAUGGUUCGAGUGGUAUUUCUCCAUCCUGACCUCGGGAUAGGGGGCGCCGAGAGGCUGGUCAUUGAUGCUGCGCUGGCUCUGAGGUCACGGGGUCACGACGUGCUGGUGAUCACUGCUCACCACGAUCCAUCUCACUGCUUCCCCGAGACGAUAGAUGGAACGCUGUCAGUGAGGGCGGCUGGAGACUGGCUGCCCAGUAGCUUGCUGGGCAGCUGCCGCGCGCUGUGUGCAUACGUGCGCAUGCUGUACAUUGCGCUGUACCUGCUGUUGCUCGAAUCGUUUGACGUCAUCUUCUGCGACCAGAUCUCUGCAUGCAUUCCCCUGCUGAAGUUGUUUAGUCGCAGGCGCAUCGUCUUCUACUGCCAUUUUCCCGACCAGCUCCUAACGCGCAGAGAGAGCUUUCUAAAGCGUGUGUAUCGCGCACCCCUCGACUGGCUGGAAGAAUGGAGUACAGGCUUGGCACAUGUGAUUCUCGUCAAUAGCAUGUUCACAGCAAACGUUUUCAAGGACACGUUUAAAAGCUUGAGCAAAGUCACGCCACAGGUUCUCUAUCCGUCCCUAAACUUCUCAGCAUUUGACACUGAAACAGAACUGCUAAAUGAUGACGUGCUACCACCUGGAAGAGAUAUAUAUUUUCUCUCCAUCAACAGAUAUGAAAGAAAGAAAAACUUGGCACUUGCUAUAGAAGCCUUUAGCCUUCUCAAGCUGCGGUUGUCUGAUGAGAAAUGGCGAAGGACACACCUUGUCAUGGCGGGCGGAUACGACUCGCGCGUCCCCGAAAACCGCGAGCACCACGAUGAGCUGCGCCAUCUGGUGGCCAGCCUCAAUCUGGAGGAGCACGUCACGUUCCUGCGUUCGGUGAGCGACGCUCGCAAGAGGGCGCUACUGCGCGGCUGCGCGUGCCUCGUGUACACGCCGAGCGGCGAGCACUUCGGGAUCGUUCCCGUCGAGGCGAUGUACGCCGGGCGGCCCGUCGUCGCCGUCGCCAGCGGCGGCCCGCUAGAGACUGUCGUUGACGCGAGCACGGGGUUCCUGCGCAAGGCCGACGCCGCGGCGUUCGCCGACGCCAUGUUGGAAUUCGUCGACGACGAGACGCUCGGCUCGGCGAUGGGCCGGCGCGGCCGGGAGCUCGUCCUGCGGCGCUUCUCCUUCCAGGCUUUCACGGAGCAGCUGGACAAUGUGGUGACCGCUCGGUGAUGGCUGGUAGACGGGUAACAACAUCGGCAGAAGGUAAACAGAAGAGUAUACGUGGACGGUGGGAGAGAAACAGUAGAGCAGGGGGGGGGGGAAUUCAGACAGUGUGGUAAUCAGACGAUGAGGCGAUAUGGGUCGGUUGGUCGGAGGUGGGGGAUCGAUGCACAGUUUACCAAUAGUGGGUAAACUAGGAAUGUAGACGGGUGAUCCACGCGAAAAAAAACCUGAACGGAAUACGUGACUUUCAAAAUCAGGUCUGUGUGGUGAACGUUUGAUGGGUGGAUAGUCGGAAUAGGUUUGUGCGUGUGGAUGACAUACAGUUUGUCAAUAAUGGGUAACUAGAAAUAUUGACUAACGAUCUGAGAAAAUAAAGAACGAAGAUACUGAGUUAUAGUGUUGUAGGCUCUUGCCUCUGAAGACUCAAGUAAAAACACGUCUGUUUCUGUUCAUCACACAGGCUCAAAGACCCCAUAUGUUUUCUUACUACGGUGAAGUGUUGCAUAUACAAUAGUGUCAUAAAUCACGUGUACGUAAACGAUUUCAGAAAGUAAAGCAUAACACACUGACUACACUACACAAGUCUGAAUAUCAGAUUUGCUGGACAGUGAUGUCAGUAAGGUGUAAAGUGCUGCACUUACCUAUCGACCAAGUGAUUCUCCACGGCUUUUUAAAUUGCAGGUGGCUAGUGUUGGUGAGUUAGCUGAUAACAUGUAUCAUGGAUACAUGUAACAUGUAUAACAUGUGUGUGCGUGAAUGUCAGGUCAUUCUGAACAUUGUUCGACAUGUCAUCCACUGGUUUGCACGUAGCUGUACCACAAACUAUAAAUGUACUAGGGGCUGUGAAUCGUGUACAGUGUGAUGAAGAAAUAAAUCUCCCUAAUUUAAUAAUGA